CGAGCCGCACCACAGGAGCAAACCUUUUUUUAUUUUCCCCCAUUUAGCAAAUAACUAUAAAAAUAAUUAAUCGCCCGAUGAAUCGGUCAUGAUAAUAAUGAACUUGGUGCCUGCUGGUGUCGAUUAUUCGUGAUCUUCGCGGCGUGCGUGCGGUAAAAGUGAAAAUCAAAGAACUACGAAACCGGUUCAAACUGGCGACCGACAGCGGCAGCGGCAAGUCCAACAUGGCCUCUACGUCGGCCCGGAUCAUCCAAACGAAUUCAGCGUGGUUUCAGAAGAAGAUCAAUCUGAGGCCUCAGCACCGAGGCGUCCAUCUGGUCACCGAGGAGAUUCUGAGGCAGAUCCCGGAGCUGUCGCAGUUUGCCAUGGGGCUCUGUCACGUCCAAAUUCUUCAUACUAGUGCUAGUUUAGCUCUAAAUGAAAGUUGGGACCCGGACGUUAGGGACGACAUGGAAAUGAUGCUAAACAAAAUUGUUCCUGAGGGAUUGCCUUAUCGGCACUCGUGUGAGGGACCAGACGAUAUGCCCGCCCACGUGAAAGCCUGUUUCCUAGGCUCAUCUUUAACCAUUCCAAUAACCGAGGGCAAACUAAAUCUCGGAACCUGGCAGGGCGUUUGGCUGUGCGAGCACCGAGACCACGCCGGGUCUCGCAAACUCCUCGUCACCCUCAACGGCUGUCUGAGGAGCGGAGCAGAAGCCAACUGCACUCCUCUUAGUCCCGUCAGUCCCAUGGCGAGUACCAGCAGUUAGGGAAAGCACUCGGGCCAUUCUCUGUCCAAGCACUGAGAAUGUGACCCGAGUUUAGUAAUUGUUACAGGGUGUUUGAAAAUUUUCUUGCCCAAUUAUUAUUGUAUUUAUACUUGUUUUAUUCACCUGGUUGGAAUAUUUAACAGAACAAACCCAUCUAUUUUUUUUUUCUUAUUUCUUUACAAUAAUUAAUUUGAUUUAAUAAAAUAUCAACUAAAAUAAUUAUUGUUGGACAAUUCCGGCUGAUUUUUAGACACCCUGUAUCAUUGGUCUAAUAUAUUUAAAAAAAAUGGACUAAAACCAAAUAUACCUAACGACAAUAUGUACAUAGGUGUACAUUGUAAUAUAACAUUAUUAUUAUGUAAUAAUAGGUAUUGUAUUUUUUUAUUUUUUGGUUAUAGGAUUGUAGAUAAUAAUAAUUAUUGUUUAAAGAAAGAAAAGUGGUGGCUGUGUACUUUUAAUAAUAAUUGAGAAAAUGGAAGAAGCAAAAAUUUGGGUUAGUUUUUUCAAUAAAUGGGUACAUUUUGUUUCUUCCAGUUUCGUUAUUAUUCAAGGAGGCAAAUUGUUGUUGUUUUUUGUACACAGAACAGUUGGUUUCUUUUUCGUAAAUUUUUCCCAUUUUUCCUAAAUAUUUACAAAUUGCAAUUUUUUUUUAGGCAAAAACAAUGCAGCAUUUUCCAAAAAUAAUUGUUAGUAUGCCCACAGGACUUUUAGUACAAAUAUUUUUGAAAUAAGAAUUAGUUUAGAGAAAACAAAUCUGAAUUGAGUGAGAAGUUGAAAAACUCUUAGUAGAGAAAAAGAUGCACUCUGUCACAUUUUAAUUUUUUUUCUGAAUAAUGAGCAACAUUGGAAAAUACUGGAAAAUCAACUUUCAAAAUCUAAAUUAAACAAAAUGCACCCUCUUACAUUGUGACGUUUUUCUAAAAAACUAAUGAGAUGAAAAUGUUGAAACUUUUGGAGUAAAAAGACAAGAAUUGAAAACUCAUCAUAUUGAAAUUUUAAAUUUUUCCAGUGAAAAACCACAACAUGAGAAAUUCUUGAUUAAAUUAAAUACCGUCUAAAAAUAUUUGUACAAAAUCAAAGCCCUUUAUAACGCAAUAAUAAUAAACUACUUUAUGCUGAAAUAAUUUCUAGUAUAAAGCCAAAACACACGAAAAUUUAUCUAACUUAAAUAGCUAGCAGCCUUUUAAAUAUGUAAUAACUUGUACAUAACGUCAUUACGGGUUGUAAAUUGUAUAGGGCGUUUUUGUUUAUAUGCGGGAUUGAUGUAUCUGUCUGUCUUCCUUUUUAAUUAUUUAUGAAUUUUAUAUACCUUUUGAUAAUCCAGACUCAAAGAUUUUGUCUGGCUUAUAGAGGUAAAUUAUUUUAAUUUUAACAAGAACAGGGUAUAAUUAAUGCUUUUCUUUUUUUUCAUAAACAUGUAGAUAAUUUUUUAAUGAAGAUCACAUCACAUUAUUAUCUCAAUUUAUUUUAUAUUAUUCAUUAUUAGUCUAGUAAGUGGCACAUUAUGUCACUAGACUCCAGUCAAAAUAUUUAACAAGAAAUCCAUUUAAUAUUGUAACAAAAGACAUCUUGUUAAGUUAUUAUUAUAUAAGUCACCUCCAGGAUUUGUAAUUGUUAUAAGAUCUUCAAACCUUCAUAUAUUUUUCUUUACAACUGUCAUAUUUGGUCUUUUGAGGACAGAUAAAUACUUUAUCACACCUGUAUAGUAUAAUAUUGAGUAUAGGUCACUGCCACUAUUGCAAGAAAAAAAUAAAUUGUAAAUAUAGUUUUUUUUUUUAGAUUAGUUUGUUUUUGAUUUGUUUGUUCUGCUCACAGAUUGCGUACGGAGCGUCGAUUUUGUUGUGUCCUCUUUUUUAAUAAAAAAAAUCGAAUUUUUA